ACGCGCAGACUGGAAGCGUUUAAAAAAGAUUGGGGGAAAAGUGUGGCGUUGUGACGCUUCUCCUGAUGCGGGGUGAAACGGGAUAGUAACCGAGGAAGCAAAUCCCCCCAACAUCAGCAUAGGGCUCAACUUUUACCACCGAUAUCUGCUGGAGCAGGAUAACUGUUCUUCAGAGUCUCCAACUGACGCAUUUCUUAACUACUUAGCUCGACUCCAAUAAAUAAAUAAAUAUAUUGUUUAAAAAUGGCACAGCACUUCAGAAGCGGGCCAGCUUUCGGACUUUCCGCGGAGGUGAAAAGCAAGCUUGCACAGAAGUACAACCCUCAGAAGGAGGAGGAGCUUAGGCUUUGGAUCCAUGAGCUCACAGGGCGCAAAGUUCCCGACAACUUCAUGGAGGGCCUUAAAGAUGGAGUCAUCCUGUGCGAACUCAUUAAUGCUCUUCACCCUGGCUCUGUGAGAAAGAUUAACAACUCCACUCAGAACUGGCAUCAGCUGGAAAACAUAGGCAAUUUUGUCCGAGCCAUUCAGGAUUACGGUCUGAGGCCGCACGACGUCUUUGAGGCAAACGACCUGUUUGAGAACACCAACCACACGCAGGUCCAGAGCACUCUGAUCACACUGGCUGGGAUGGCUAAAUCUAAAGGCGUCCAUACAAAAUCUGACAUCGGGGUGAAAUAUGCAGAGAAACAGCAGCGUCGGUUCGCCCCAGAGAAACUGAAAGAGGGCCGCAACGUUAUUGGCCUUCAGAUGGGGACCAACAAGUUCGCCAGCCAGAAGGGAAUGACAUCAUACGGCACAAGGCGUCACCUCUAUGACCCCAAAGCUGGCAUGGAAAAUCCUGUAGACCAGUCAACAAUCAGUCUGCAGAUGGGAACUAACAAAGGAGCCAAUCAGUCUGGUAUGACGGCGCCGGGCACCAAGAGACAGAUCUUUGAUAAGAAGCUGGACAUGGAAACCUGUGACACUUCCAUCGUCUCACUGCAGAUGGGGACUAACAAGGUGGCAUCACAGUCAGGCAUGACUGUCUACGGGCUCCCGCGUCAAGUCUACGACAAAAAGUACUGCACUUACGCUGAAGACUACAUGGACAACGGCCAGGACCUGCAGAUCGAUGGAUACCAGUACUCUGACUAAGAUACCCACACGCCGCUGCUUUCUUUUUUUUUAUUCACUUGUUUCUUGCCCACUUUUUAAAAAAAUAUAAACCUCAUCCUGCAAGACCACGCGAACUGUUAACAGCCAUCCAGCAUACCAGGACAUUAGGUCUAAUUUAAUAUGGAAUUUUUUUUAAUUAUGUUUGAUAUGUUUUUUUCUGCCACAGGCUGCCCCUGUUUCUCACUCAGAAUCGUUUAGAUUUUUUCAUUUUUCGAGUGUAGCAGCUUCCUGUCACCACUGUGCAUGACAUUCUGGUGUUUUGGACAAAACUAUUCUUCAAAAAUGACAGUGAAAAAAAAACCUAGAAUAUUUAUGAUUUAUGACCUUCAUAGUUUGGUUUGAUUUGGUUUGGUUUGGUUUGAAAUAGCCCUGAAUAUCCACUAUUGCUGCUGAUGAUCGCAAGUCUGAGGGAGUAAUAGCAAAAAAAAAAAGGAAAAGAAAGGUUCCACAAGGAUGCUAUGGUACUAACCAAGCACAGCGAAACUGAGGACACUCCACUAACAUCUAAGAAUUCUAUCCACCUUUAUGAGAGAAGCUUUGUUGCCUAAGAGGACACCUGAGAAAGCACAACAUUAUACCAGUCGGACAUCUAAAAUCAAACCUGUCCUUUUUUAGGUUCCUGCGAUUUGCAGUCAACGUCGUGUCUCUCUCUUUUCUUCUAUCUUUUAUACCAUAGAUGCAUGAGAAAAUGGUUCACAGAUGGACAUAUCAUUUAGCCGCGAGGCUUUAAAAUCUAAACUCUACAGGUGCAGUACAACAUGACACGAAGAAUGUAAUGUACACCACUCCAGUAUUGCAUGGCUUUUGGAAGUGUGUAAAAUUUGAUAGAUUGUUUCCAUUACAGCUAAUUACUAAAACACACUCUGUGCCUUGAAUAAUAAA